CUCCGGUAGCACCACAGCGAUCACCGACACACGACCAGGGAAGAUGGUCGCGGUGCAGACGUCCCCUAAUUUGUCUCCGUCGGCGGAGUGGAUCUGCUGUUUGGAUAAAAGGCCCUCGGAGCGUUCGGGAGAAGAUGUGGACAUCAUUCUGACCAGGCUGAGAGAGGUCAAAGCCUUCCAUAGGUUCCCACCUCCGCUCUUACUGCAGAUCUGUGCCUGUGCCUUCUAUGAAUGCCUGGAGAAAGGCAUCACGUUGUUUCGACAGGGAGACAUAGGCACUAGCUGGUAUGCUGUGCUGUCCGGCUCUCUGGAUGUCAAAGUGUCAGAAACUGCCAACCACCAGGAUGCAGUUACUAUCUGUACACUGGGGAUUGGGACAGCGUUCGGGGAAUCCAUCCUGGACAACACACCCCGACACGCCACCAUAGUCAGCAGAGAGACGAGCGAGCUGCUCCGUAUCGAACAGAGGGAAUUCAAGAGUCUCUGGGAGAAGUAUCGUCAGAGCCUGGCUGGACUGUUGGCCCCUCCUUAUGGAGCUAUGGAGAGUGGAUCCAACAAUGACAGACUCACAGAAAAAGACAACAUGAACUCAGACUCUGCAAACAAAGCUCACAACAAGAUCCCUUCAGAGAAGCUGCAGAGAGCGGGGAAGGUUCUCCGCAACGCCAUCCUGUCCAGAGCCCCACACAUGAUUCGAGACAGGAAGUACCACCUCAAGACAUACAGACAAUGCUGUGUCGGCACAGAGCUGGUGGACUGGUUGGUGCUGCAGAGUGCCUGUGUCCUCACACGGUCCCAUGCUGUUGGGAUGUGGCAGUCGCUGCUGGAAGAAGGGGUGCUCAACCACGUGGACCAGGAGCUGGGCUUCCAGGACAAGUACCUGUUCUACCGUUUUCUUGACGAUGAGGAGGAGGACACGCCGUUGCCUAGUGAGGAGGAGAAGAGGGAGAGUGAGGAAGAGCUGCCAGAGACCAUCCUCUUCCUCGCUCAGAUCGGCCCUGACGCUCUGCUGCGCAUGAUCCUCAGGAAAUCGCCUGGUCAGAGGACAGGGGAUGACCUUGAGAUCAUCUACGAUGAGCUGCUUCACAUCAAGGCCUUAGCUCACCUCUCCAACACUGUGAAGAGGGAACUGGCGAGCGUUGUGAUCUUCGAGUCGCAUGCAAAAGCUGGAACCGUGUUGUUCAACCAAGGAGAGGAGGGCACGUCAUGGUACAUCAUCCAGAAAGGCUCUGUCAAUGUGGUUAUCUAUGGCAAGGGUGUAGUGUGUACGCUCCAUGAGGGUGAUGACUUUGGGAAGUUGGCCCUGGUUACAGAUUCACCUCGUGCCGCCUCCAUCGUCCUGAGAGAGGACAACUGUCACUUCCUUCGUGUUGAUAAGGAAGACUUCAACAGGAUACUCAGGGAUGUGGAAGCAAACACCGUACGUUUGAAAGAGCAUGAACAAGCGGUGCUGGUGUUAGAAAAGAGUCCUCGUACCUCCACCCUUGGAAGCAUCAAGUACACUGUGAUAUCAGGAACGCCAGAGAAGAUUCUUGAACACUUCCUGGAAACCAUGAGGAUGGACAUACAUCACAGUGAACCAGACCCAGCAGUGGAUGAUUUUGUCCUCAUGCACAGUGUCUUCAUGCCCAACAGCCAGCUGUGCCCUCUACUCAUGUCACACUACCAUGCGGCAUCUCCGCCCGGCUCUGAACAGGAGAGACUGGAGUAUGCGCUCAACAGUAAGAGGAGGGUGCUCAUUCUGGCCCUGCGCUGGGCGAGCACACACACGUACCUGCUACAGGAGGAGCCUGCUGCAAUAUCUUUCCUGGAGGAGUUGUACGUGAGUUUAUCAAAUGAUUCUCGGAUUUUGAGAGCUUUGAAAGACUUGGUUCCUGACCUGGAGAAAGUCGUCAAACUACAUUCCGAAGAAGCCAAAGCCUCAAAAAAGAAAACUCUAAUACGACAGUUCAGCAAUGGAGAGGAAAGGCUGCAGAAGAAACAGCCCAUUAGGAAUCAAGAUGACAUCCUAUUGAAGGUGUACUGCAGUGAUCACACAUACACCACUAUCCGGGUUGCCGUGGCAGCGACAGGAAGAGAAGUGAUCAGCGCUGUGACCGACAAACUUGGCACCACUGAUGAGCUGGUGUUGGUCAACCACAGCUCUGCAAGUGAAAAAAUCAUCCUAAAGCCCAACGAUGUCUCUGUGUUUUCCACUCUGAGCAUCAACGGGAGAUUAUUUGCCUGUCCUCGAGAGCAGCUCAGCAGUCUGACUCCUCUUCCAGACCAGGAGGGUCCCUCUGCAGGCUCUAUGUCAACUUUUGAGCUGAUGAGCUCUAAGGACCUGGCUUACCAAAUGACCAUGUUUGACUGGGAGCUCUUCAGCUGUGUGCAUGAGCAUGAGCUGCUCUACCACACGUUUGGCCGGCAGAGCUUUAGAAGAACCACGGCUAAUCUGGACCUGUUUCUGCGGAGGUUCAACCAGGUUCAGCUGUGGGUGGUCACUGAGGUGUGCCUCUGCUCACAGCUCAGCAAGAGAGUCCAGCUCCUCAAGAAGUUCAUCAAGAUAGCAGCACAUUGUCGGGAGUUUAAGAACCUGAACUCAUUCUUUGCCAUCAUUAUGGGGAUGAGCAACCCUGCUGUCAGCAGAUUGAGCCAGACGUGGGAGAAACUCCCCACCAAGUUUAAGAAGUUCUAUGCCGAGUUUGAGAGUAUGAUGGACCCAUCAAGAAACCACCGGUCGUACCGACUCACUGUCACCAAACUGGAACCGCCAAUCAUCCCCUUCAUGCCCCUCCUUCUCAAAGAUAUGACUUUUACACAUGAGGGCAACAAGACCUUCAUUGACAGUAUGGUCAAUUUUGAGAAAAUGCGUAUUAUAGCCAACACAAUUCGGCAAGUGAGGCACUGUAGAAGCCAACCAUUCAAUCCUGACAUAUGCCAACCCAACAAAAAUCAAGCAGAGGUACGGGGUUACGUCAGGAAGCUCUGUGUGGUCGACAACCAGAGGGCGCUGACGCAGCUCUCAUACAGGCUGGAGCCGCGGCGGACAUGAGCUCCGAAUCUUCCACCACCAUCGCCUUCUCUGUGACGUUAGCAUACAAAAAAAACACACAAUACCUGGAUAAAAGAACUCAACAUGACUGGCCGUUCAGUAGCAAAUCACAACAGUAAAUGACUUUAUCAUGGGCUAUUAUGGAUGAAGGACUUCUUACUGUGCCAAUUAAAGCCUCUUCUUCCUGGACAGACUGAAACUGUCCAGCUGCUCUCUCGUCGCUGUGUCUCAGCCCCCUGACUGAGGGUUUUAACCGUACUAGCUGUUACUGUUUGGGACCUGUUAGAUAGAACUGUAAUGUAUAGAACUUGAAAUCAAUAUCCUGCAUGACUGAAUUUCAUAGGCUUUGUGUUCUAUACAGUGGAUUUCUAUCGGAGUGUCCUGUAAUGUUGUGCUACCCCAAAUGAGCCCUAGUUUACAAUAUAUUACUGUACCUGCCUGUAAAGCAAACCAUACUCUCCUGAUGACUCUCCUGCUCAUAGACAAAAAAACCCCAUAAACUGUAGUAGCUUUCAUUCUCCCUGUUGAAUAUACAGAUAAAUAGGAAAUCUUAAAGUACUUAUUUACAUCAUAAUCUACAUGAUUAUAUAUUUUGGAUUUGAUGUCCUUUAGGUAUAUAUCAGUGUCCCUUAACUAGUCAGACACUUCAAAAUUACUAAACAAAGCAGCAUUGCCAGAUGGGAAAUGAUAAAUUAUUGUAUCAGAGGCUUAAAAUGAUUGUAUAUUAAGUAAAACUAUCGUAAGUAAGUCAUAGCCACCCGAACAAAUAGGCGGAAAUGUGUAAUUUUACAAAACUCGUAUCGUAACGACAUUGACACACCCACGUUUUUAUUUUAUUUUACAGUUACUCUACAAUUAGAAGAACAAUUCAAAACACAGAUGUAAGAUCCAUAUUUCGCCAGCCUGAUUAUGUCGUUGAGUGAAUUAAAAUGACACGGCACAGAAUAAAACUAUGAAUUGUUAGCGAUAUGAAUCUAUCGUUGGUUGUACAUCGUAUACGGGGCAAAAUGAUCGUACAUUUACGAUAAUCAUCGUACAUCUGGCAACGCUGAAACAGAGUAUUGGUUGGAUUAAAGCCCUAAUUGUAUUGCAAACAGUGUUCAAAUUUGUCACCACAGUAUUGAUUAUAGAUCUGUUCUGAAGUCAGUUGUAUAACUACAUUGAUUUGAAAGCACUGGUCCUAGAUGUGGAGUCUUAAAGGCAACUUGUACUUUGAGGGGAAAUCUUGUCAUCUCAGUCUAUGUAAUUUUAUUUUUAUAUAUGUGAGUGUAGAUUUUGAGUGUGUUUUUGACAAGUGUCAUUAAUUUUCCUUUGAUCUCAGGAGCUUCUGAUGUGAUGGUGUGUGUCGAGAACUGCCGUGAGGCUGGCUCUCCCCAGAGCAGCCUGUAACUGUACUUGUACGUGGUCUGCCUUGUAAAUAAAAAUAGCUAAUUUAACAGUG